CCUGGGCUUCCCCACAUGCAUCGGCAUCUUCUUCACUGAACUGCAGCGUGAGUUCCAGGCCAGCAACAGCGAGACCUCCUGGUUCCCGUCCAUCCUGACAGCCAUGCUCCAUGCAGGGGGUGAGCAGCCAGGGGAGGGAUGGAGGGAGGGAUGAAAAAGAGCCUGGAUUGGGGAGGAAGCCACAACCUCCCUGGCCUCCUGGGUCCCUCUCUCUGAGGCCACAGGUUUUGCCCUGUGCUGUGUAUCCCUAAGACCUCCUCUGAUUUCAACAGGGCCAGCUCCCCUGCCUGGAGUCUGGGGGGGCUGGGCUGGACUGGGCUGGGGAGGGCCAGAGGAUGGAGAGGCCCCUGAGAGGUAAAGCCGGUCCCCUUGAUGACCGUGGGAGGAUGGAUCCAGACUGCAGGCGUGCCGGGCACUCAAGCACAGACUGGAGGAGGAGCGGCUUGGGGUCCUGCUGGGUGACCUCUCGGAACCUCAGUUUCUUCCUCUGCAAUAUGGGAGUAACACCCAGUAUCCCAUCCUGCCCACCUCCCACACAGGAUUGCAGAGAAGGUCACAUGAGGUCCCGGCCAGGUCCGAGAGCUAGGGCAGUGGAAGCAGCUGUGAGUUAUUAGUAUUCCGGAGACCCUCAUCAGGGCUUCAGGAUGGGAAGGAGGGCUCAAGGAAGACACCAGGAGCAGGAGGGGGGCAGGGCAAGAGCCCAUCUUUCACCAGGAAGCAGAGGGGGUGUUGCAAGGGCUGGGGAGACGGAGGGAGGGCUCCCCCAGGGAUGUGAGCACCUCACCCUGACCCCAGGGAAAGGGAAGGGCAGGGGCUGCGCAGGAGGGUCCUCCACAAUAGCCUUGGGCUCCUGGAAGAUCUCCAGGGAGAGCUCCACAGGCAGUUCCCGCAGAGGGGCCUGGUCAGCGAGAGCUGGACCUCACAGCCCGCCGGGCUCUCCCCACGGGUGUGUUUGCCUGUCUCAGCUGAUCCAUCUCCCUGCUUACCUCCUGCCCUGACCUCCACCUGGCACCAGCAGCCUGCUUGUUAUUCCAGGUCCUUCCCUCGAAUGGGGAGGGAAGUCAGACUGGGAUAGAAGCCACCCUCACUGCAGUGACCCCUGAACACGCUGCCUGGCAAGGAGCAAGGCCAGGCCUGGCCCAGACCGCAUAACCUUUUUGUCAGCAAGGUUGAGCAGUAGUGGGAAUCUCAGACAGUUCCUUCCCUGCAGCCAGAGAGGGGUCUGGGCCAGGGGCUGGGAGCCAGGCAUUCGCUGGGGACCUCACUCCCCUACCAGCUUCAGACUCAUGCCUAGCAGGUGUGCCAGCAUCUCAGUGGGCCUGGGACUCCUGUCUGUCUCUCUGUGUCACACACACACACACACACACACACCCCUUUAGCCCACGCUCAUUCGGAGUAUCAUGGAAAUUUUAAACUUGAAAGUGUCCUUGAUCCUAAGUACCUCUCACCCCCACACGUUUUAGAGGUGAGGAAGGCAAGCACAAAGUACAAGGCCUUGCCGGUGUCGCAGGGUGAGUUCAGGGUGGAAGCAGAAACACCUUGCUUCCCAGCGCCCCACCCAGCGCCCUCGGCUGUCUCGGCUGAGCUGGCACACAUCCCGGCCCCUCACUCCCAACUCGAUGACGCAGGGCUUUGCCCAGUGUCACCUUUCCAAAGUCAGGCCAGAGUAUGAGGUGGGAGAGAUGUGUGAGUCAGCAGUCAUGUCCACUUCAAAGCCUUGCCUCUCCCUCUAUGGCUACCUCUCCUUGAUUACCUCUGAGGACGGACCUCUCACUUCCCAUGUUCGCUCCCUUACUCGUACUGGCUCACACCCACACAUCCUCUCUCCACGCCAAACACGGAGACACACACCAAGUGCACACACACGCUUUCCUUGUCCCUUUGGCUGCUCUCUGGGAGAGCAACUCUGGGGAAACUCUGCUGUGUGUACUCGGGGGCAGGGUACUUGGUGAAUGGGGCCCUGUGAGGUGACGAGAGCAGGCGGCCAGGACUGGCUUCUACUCUGGGUCUGCACUGGUGAGAAAGCAGCUCAGGGUGGGGGUGGGUGAGGGAGAACAGGCCCCUCUCUACCAGGAGCUAAACUUCUGGGUGCAAGACUUUGGUGAUGGCUGGAGGGGGUUGGGGGGAGAGGGUACCCCACCUGCGUUUCUCCAGAGUGCCCCAGAGGCCAGAGCCAGCGGGUGAAGGGUGGCCCAGGGCCCCAGGCUGCCAACCCUGGACAGGUUGAAGGAUGGUGGGAGGGCUGUGGCCAGUCUUCGUGAGGACGGGGGAAGGGGGAGCAGGGGCUGGAGGCGGUGCUCACCAUGAUCUAACUGCCCUGGGACCCUCGCCCACCAAGACAGACCCCCAUGAGGGGCGUCCACCCAGGUCACAAGCCAAUCCCAUUUCACCUGGACAGAAGCGGCCUCAGGUCAGUGCAGUGAACGGCCUCAGUCUGUACCUCCGGGGAUCCUUGUCAGGGUCAAACGGAAUAUUUGCAGCACCUCACCUCACAGCUGGCCAGACAUCACCCAGUCUGACCCCUCAGUCUCUGGGGGAGGAAACUGCAGCACAGAGAGGGAUUGGCGUUGCUUGGCCCGUCGCCAGUCUGUGGCAGGGCGGAGCUCAGAGCCCAGGUCUGUAUGUUCCGGGGCUGUGCCCGUUAAGCCACCUGCUAGUUCCUGCUGGAACCCCCUCCCAAGCCCACUGUCCCCCUCCCUCUGACCUCACCAUUUCGCUGCCACCUGCCGGCUGCCUCCUCCGCACAGGACCCCUGUGCAGCAUCCUGGUGGGGCGCUUCGGCUGCAGAGCGACGGUGAUGCUGGGCGGCGUGCUGGCCAGCCUGGGCAUGGUGGCCGGCUCCUUCUGCUGCACCCUCGGCCAGCUCUACCUCACGGCAGGCUUCAUCACAGGCCUGGGCAUGUGCUUCAGCUUUCAGUCAAGCAUCACUGUGCUGGGAUUGUACUUCACCCGCUGGCGGGUGCUGGCCAACGCGCUGGCCUCGGCGGGCGUCUCCCUGGGCAUCAUGCUCUGGCCGCUGCUCUCCCGCUAUCUCCUGGAGGACCUGGGCUGGAGAGGCAGCUUCCUCAUCUUCGGCGGGGUUCUCCUCCACUGCUGUGUGUGUGGGGCCAUCCUGAGGCCCGUGCCUGCCCGUGUGACCCCUGACACCAGAGACGGCCUCCCUCCACCUUCCAAGAGACCCGCACGCGGCUGCCCGGCAGCAUGCGGUCGGGCCAUCCGGCGCCACCUGGCCUUUGAUGUCCUGCGGCACAACGUGGGCUACCGCGUGUACACCCUGGGGGUCGCCUGGAUGAUUGUGGGCUUCCCGCUGCCCCACGUCUUCCUGGUGCCCUAUGCCAUUUGGCACGGGGUGGACGAACACAGGGCGGCCCUUCUCAUCUCCAUCAUUGGCUUUAGCAACAUCUUUCUGCGGCCCAUGGCUGGGCUGGUGGCAGGCCGGCGGGACUUCGCCAGUCACCGCAAGUACCUGUUCAGCCUGGCGGCCCUGCUCAACGGGCUCACCAACCUGGCGUGCGCGGCGUCGGCCGACUUCCGGGUGCUGGUGGCCUACUGCCUGGUGUACAGCGUGUCCAUGAGCGGCAUUGGUGCUCUCCUUUUCCAGGUCCUCAUGGACAUUGUCCCCAUGGACCGGUUCUCCAGCGCCCUGGGCCUCUUCACCGUCCUGGAGAGCAUCUCCAUCCUCAUCUCCCCGCCACUGGCUGGACUCCUCCUAGACACCACCAGCAACUUCAGCUAUGUUUUCUACAUGUCAAGUUUCUUCCUCAUCUCAGCCGCCCUCUUCAUGGGUGGCAGUUUCUGGGCCCUGGGGAAGAUUGAGAGGCAGGGCCCGCAGGCUGAGGUGCAAGGAGCUGUAACAGAGGCUGCCCCAGAGCAGGGCCUCACUCUGGAGGACACAGACGGUCCCAAGAAGCGGCUGCGCGUGGAGAUCAUGUAUGUGACCAGCGUCUGAGGCCCGGGGUCACUCACAUGUGUGACCAGCAUCUGAGUCCUGAAGUCAGUGAGGCCUGCCUCAGCCCAGGAAUGUCCAGCGAUUUCGCCAGAGGCUGGGGUGAAGGGCUGCCCAGAAAGCCUGAACCAAAGGCCAUCUGGGUUCUGCACGUCGGGACUCAGCCAGGAGUGGGGACCUUAGAGGCUGACCUCCAGAGGCUCAGGGUUCCUUCUAACCAGCAGAAUCCAGGAGCAGAUCCUCCUGACUUUUUUGCUGGGGCAUCAGAGUACCCGGGGCCCAGGAAGGUGGGUCUGCGCCCAGCUCAGGUCUGUCACGGCCGGCUUGGCUCAGCUGGCUGCCUGCGCUGCUGCUACAGCUCAACACACUGGACCCUCAAGUCCGGCCUGGGUGCCUCCCAUGUGAUCUCUUUGUCCUUCACCCUCUAGACAGCUCCGAAGAGCUCAACCCUCCUCCGAGUCUCUCCUGCCCCCCUUCUUCCCAGGUGGCCCAGCCCUUGCCCGCAGGGCUGCCCCCAGCACAGGUUGCUGGACCUCAUGCUACCUGGAACCUUGGGAAGAAGGGCUUUGGGAGAGAAUGUGUUGCAGUGGUGGAGGGCCAGGCUGAGCGUUGGCCUGGAUGCAGGAUUUGGACAGAUUAAAUGCCAGGUGGAGCACCCGUCCUGGCGACAGUACAGAGAACUGGAGGGGAGCCCCUGGCUUGGGUCCUAGAAUCAGUGAAGUCUGAGGGCCCCCUGCACACUCAGCAGGGCCUGCUCCAGGGUCUCCUCCCUCCUCUGCCCCAUCCUGUAUCUUGGCUGGGAAGAUCAGUGCUGGGGGGAGCGGGAGAGCCACACAUCAGACCAGGGGCGGAAGGAUUGCUAGGCAGGGCCCCAGGACCUCUGUGGAAACGGAGCUGCUUUUGCAGCAGAAGCCCUUUCACUCCCCUCUCCUGUCAGCCUUUUCUCCCUGCUGUGUCAGAGGUGUCAACCCUGGGAUAAGUGGCUGGCUGGGCCAGCUGCCAGGCCACCCCUGCUCCCCACUGGCCUGUGCGUCUGGCCUGGAAGUCAGAGCUUCUCCCCCAGACCGGCCGGCCGCCACGUACUCUUUUUGCUGGUGCCUUCCCUGAGAUCAUCACCUGGGGACUGGCUGUCAUCAGCCCAGGCUUGUCCCAACAGUGUACCAACUGAGUGAAAGGAAAAACAGAGUUUGUUUGAAUACACACAGAAACACUUUCUGCAGCGGGUUAUAAACCCUGUGAACUAACGAAGCUAGAAAAGAGGCCUGGAGUAAGUUUUCCCCCAUCCCCCUUCAGGGCUACUCCCACCAAGGACCUUGUUUGUUGAUUCAAGCUCAACCAGGUUUCAACAAGAAACCCUUAUCAGGAGAAUUGCUUUUCUUUUUAUGACCCGACUCCAGCCUUCCUCCUGCACGAGGCCAACUGGCGUGAGUCAGCAUCCUUGGGGAUGUUGUCUUUCCCAGGAUUCAUGAGUGCCCCCUUCUGGCCAAAAGAGGUAGUACGGAGGUGAAGCAAAGGGCUCUGGGCUGGAAUAGAGACCUGAAUUCAC